AUGCGGUCAGCCUCUGCUCACCGGUUGCGUGACAUGGAACAGCAGCACCCCCUGCUGGAGGGCAGGGGUGGUGGAGGCCUGCCUGGUGAAGCCACUCGUGUGUGGUUUAUUCAGGACGGCUGUGGGAUGAUUUGUGCCUCUGUGACCUGGUUCCUGGUGCUAUACGCUGACUUUGUGGUCACUUUCGUCAUGCUGCUGCCCUCUAAAAGCUCAUUCUUUUCUGUUAGCAACGGAGUGAUGUUUAAUACCCUCGCUGUCCUGGCACUGGCCUCUCAUCUGCGCACCAUGCUAACUGAUCCGGGGGCGGUUCCCAAGGGCAACGCGACCAAAGAGUACAUGGACAGGCUGCAGCUGAAGCCAGGGGAGGUCAUUUACAAAUGCUCCAAAUGCUGCAGCAUCAAACCAGACCGAGCACACCACUGCAGUAUCUGCAGGCGCUGUAUCCGAAAGAUGGACCAUCACUGUCCCUGGGUGAACAACUGUGUGGGCGAGAACAACCAGCGCUAUUUUGUCCUUUUCACAAUGUAUGUAGCUAUGAUCUCAGCCCAUGCUCUGGUAUUGUGUGGAAUUCAGUUCUUCACAUGCGUCAGGGUCCAGUGGAGUGAGUGCAGUGACUUUUCCCCACCCGUCACCAUUAUACUCAUGAUCUUCCUCUGCAUGGAAGCCAUCCUCUUCCUCACCUUCACCGCAGUCAUGUUUGGCACACAGAUUCACUCCAUCUGUGAUGAUGAAACUGAGAUUGAGCGUCUGAAGGCAGAGCGGCCGACAUGGGAACGGCGUGUGCGGUGGGAGGGGAUGAAGAGUGUGUUUGGGGGGCAGCCCUCCCUGCUGUGGAUCAACCCCUUCGCUGGUCUCAGACUCAGGAGAUUCCUCAGCACUCGUAUUCACCGAACAGGACCUGAACUCUCCGUCUGA